GCUGCAUGCUGGGUAGUGUAGUUCUUAUAUUCCUUAGCUCGUAACAUCACAAUGGCGUUCGACGGAGAAGACGUUGUUUUGUUUCUUAUAGUUUAUCGAUCUUAGUCACAACGUAGACGCACACACAUAUGUAUGUGUCCUUUACUAGAGUAAACAUCGGUAAUAUUUGUAUCUGGACACAUUAGUCUGAGUGCAUUUUGACCUGCUAGCCUGGUUAGCUUAGCUUGUUAGCUGAGAAAGAAGUGAUGGACGCAGCCAAGCAGGGAUGCAAAACAUCUGGGAGGGACAUCUGUAACCCUGGCCAGAAGGGGUGGAGCUUCAGGAUGGAGGAGGAGCCACUGACCGCCCACUUUAAAGAGGAAGAGGAGGCGCCCCGGACCCUGCACAUUAAAGAGGAAGACAAGAGUCCACUGACCCCCCAAUUCACAGAAGAGGAGGAGGCCCCUCACAUUAAAGAGGAAGACAAGACCCCCCAAUUCACAGAAGAGGAGGAGGAGGAGGCCCCUCCCAUUAAAGAGGAAGACAAGAGCCCCCAAUUCACAGAAGAGGAGGAGGCCCCUCCCAUUAAAGAGGAAGAGGAGGAACACAGCAUCAGUGAAGAGUUCCCAGUGACCCUCGUCAUCGUGAAGAGUGAAGAUGAGGAGGUCAAAGGUGAGAGAGACCACUGUGGAGCACCACCAGCAGACAGGAUCUCAGACGGGGACGAGACGACGUCUCACUCUGCUGAUGAUGAAGAAGAUGAUGCAACAUGUCACACUGACAACACACACUUGACGUGUUCGCACUGCGACAAAACCUUUAAGUACCCAAGUCACCUCAAAGCACACAUGAGGACGCACACCGGAGAGAAACCUUUUUCCUGCACAGAGUGCGGCAAAGGCUUCCCGCAAAGUAAUAGUUUGAAAGAACACAUGCGAAUACACACCGGAGAGAAACCUUUUUCCUGCACAGAGUGUGGCAGAGACUUUAGACUAAAACACAUGCUGAAACAACACAUGCGCAUACACACCGGAGAGAAACCUUUUACCUGUACAGUUUGUGGUAAAGGUUUUGUGCGAAGUCUGCAUUUAAAAAGACACACCAGGACGCACACAGGUGAAAAAACCUUUGCAUGUCCAAAUUGUGAUAAAAGCUUUUAUGACCGAUCCAACCUUGUAACACACAAGAGAACACACACCGGAGAGAAACCUUUUUCCUGCACGCAAUGUGGCAAAGGUUUUGCACAGAGUAAUAGUUUGAAAGAGCACGUGAGAAUACACACCGGAGAAAGACCUUUUUCCUGCUUAGCAUGUGGCAAAGGCUUCACUCAAAGUAAUAGAUUGAAAGAGCACAUGAGAACACACACCGGAGAAAAACCUUAUUCCUGCCCUGAAUGCGGUAAAGGUUUUUCCCGAAAUAGUUCCAUCAAAGACCACAUGAGUACGCACAAUGCAGAGAAACCCUUUUCCUGCUCUGAAUGCGGUCGAGAUUUUCGACUCAAAAAAGUACUGAAACAACACAUCAGAAUACACACUUGAGAGAAACCCUAGUCUUGUUCAAUUUGUUGAAAAAAGGUUUUACACAAACUAACACUUUGAACGGUCACGUGAGGAAACACAGCAGAUAAAACCCUUUACCUGUUUUGAGGGUACACAGCAGAUAAAACCCUUUACCUGUUCUGAGGAUACACAGCAGAUAAAACCCUUUACCUGUUUUGAGGAUACACAGCAGAUAAAACACCACAUUUUCAAUCUGUGGUGAAGGUUUUGGAUAAAGUCAACAUUUGGUAAAAAAAAAAAAAGAAAACAUUAAACCUGAAUAUUGACUUUCUAACUCCAUGACAUUUAACAUGUGUGACAUCAUUGUGCAUCUUCUUAUUACACUUUAACAUUGAUAGAUUAUACACAUUACAUCAUGAGUUGUUUUAUAAUUAUAUUUAUAAUUAUAUUUAUGUAACGUUAUGUACUUUGAUGACAUAAAUGAAAAGAGAAGUACAAAACAGCAUAUUAUUAUUAUUUACUUUAUACAUCAUUUGAGCAGUUGUGUUUUAAACAUCGACUUUUCAAAUGUGUGACUAUCAAUCAUUUGUUGGCUCCCAAUAUUUCAUUCUAUUGAUGAUCUUUAUUACUCUCUCUUGCAAUAUAAAUAUUAUUCUGUGAUUGUUUUACAUUUAAGUCCUCACACCUUUAUGCAACAAACAAUGUUUGCUCCAAUAAAUGUAUUUCAUAUUUGUCCAA